AUGAAUUCGUGGAUAGUUCCAUUUAUAUUUUUGUUUCUCUCUAUUAUUGCAGUUUCGGAAGCUCAAAUAAAGUUUUGGAGCUCAAAGAGAAAAGAAAAUAAUGGAAGGUACAAAUAUUUACUUGAUUAUUUUGUCGAAAUGUCAAAGUUUACAAGUAAUGUUGAAUUAGUUAAUUUGAACAGUAAAUUAGAGAGCACGAUCACUUUUCAGAAAAGAAUUUUUUAUAAAGAAGAAAGAGUUCAACAUGUUUGCGAAAACUCUCUGUUAAGGCUUCUUAAACGAAAUAUGGCAGAUUCUAAGACUUUUAGUAGUGAAAUGUCAGUACUAAGAGAUUCAAUUCAUCUUUGGACAAAAAAUUUCAGAUUUCUUCAGGAGUCAGAUGAAGUACGUACAUUCAAGGAAUUUAUCUCCUUUUUAGAUUUUAUUAAUACAAAGAAGUUUGAGAUCGACUUUUGUAUCCGGCUAAUGAACAGCUUACAAAAUCCUCAGGAUAAUAUAACUGAUAACAAAGAUUCCUUAAAACGAAAAAAAAACCUUUGUGUUGAAUUAAGACAAGAAAUCGAAGAUUUUAUUUCAACAAAGCUUUCUCACCAUUCAUUUGGAGUUUUAAAACAACAUAAUAAAAACUUUGAGGUUUUUAAAAUAGCUGCAAGCUCUAUUCACAAUGAACUUGAUCAAGCAAUUAACCAGGUAAAUAAAUGUAGUAAACUCUUCAAUCUUAUUUUAUUUUUGGAUGAAAAUAGAAGGAGUCUGUAUAGAAGCAAAGAAUUAGAACCUUAUUUUACUUUGAAGGAUUUUGUAGAUAAAGAUGCUUUGAAAAGCAUUGACAGGAACAUUUUAAGUAGCAUUAUUAUUGAACUUCAGGAUUACUUACCUGAAAACACAAUAUUUCCUUCGUCACCUCUUUCAAAGAUAGUUCUAAUGGAGCUAAAUAAAGCGAACCAACGACUAAAGCGUCUGGGUAAAUGCCACAAGUAUGAUCACAUUUUAGUUCCUCUAAAAAAAAAGCUUAUUUACAUGAUGAAGUCUGUAGCUAGCGUUCUCAUUUUAUAUGAAAGAAGUUUCGAAAUAUUACGUGAGAUUUUAAUGUAUGUCUCAUAUAUCAAUAUCGUUUAUGACAAGAAUAUGGUAGGUUUAUGUUCUAAUAAGCUUGAAAAGAAUAAGAACAAAUUGGAUAGUUUGUCUUUAUUAAAUGAAAUUUUAAAUGACAAGGAAUUUGAUAGUAAAUUUUUAAAUAAGACAAAGCUCUAUCCAACCAAAAUUACAUUAUUCCAAUAUUCUAAGACCAAAUCAAGGAAAGGAGCUUUAUUAGAAAAUAGAAAUACAAAAGGCCUUCCUUUUUUUCCAGAUUCCAGAAAAGUUGCUAUAUUGGAAGAGAAAUUUUCGGACAAACCUUCUAUUACAGAAAUUCAGAAGCUUAUUCAACAUAUUAAUUUAUUGUCUAAUGAACUUGACCAUGUAUAUAUUUAUAUUAGUAAUUCUACCAAUAUUAUGCUUAACUCUUUGGAAAAGCUCCAGUUCACGAAUAAAGUUUACUCUGAAAUCAUUGAGUCCUCAACUAAAGAUGAAUCUGUACCAAAUUCAUUAUAUUCUUAUUCGUAUUUACUUUCCUUGGACAUAACAAUGUCACUUAAGAAAAGAUUACGCCAGAUAAAGAAAGAGGAUUUUGAAAAAAGAAAGCAAACAAACAAUAUUAUGAAAUCUGUUGAUGUAAAGCCGGAACUUAGAAAUGAGUUAGAGGAGGCAAGUGAGGAAGCAAUUAACAAAGUUUUAAAUAUUAUUUCUUCACUUAGACAGACAGUCUAUGAAAGAACACAAGGAAGUGGGUUAAAGAAUAUUAAAGCAAGACUUCCCACUACGAAGAAAAAACUUCGGAAAGAAGUUUUAUCUCCUUUAACAAGCAUAGAGGACCACCUUCUUAAUAUUAAAAAAUCCAAAAUAGAUGCGAAUAAUAAAAUGAUUAAUAUAGAGAAACAAGUAAAACUAAUCCAGAACUCUAAUUUUCAAAUGGAAUCUCCUGAUAUUAUUUCUAAGUUAGAAAAAUAUAUUAAACCUCUAAAUUUAAUAAUGAAAUGUUCAGUAGUUAAGGUGACUUCUGAAGAGUUUGAAAGUUGUAAGGAAGUAAUCUCCCAGGCACCUUAUUUAUUGAAACAUAUUCACUCAUUGAUUAAAGAAAAAAAUGAAACAAUUCUUAACCAGCGGGAGAUAUACAAUAAGACAAAUGCCAAAUUGGAAUCUCUUACUAAAGAAUGGAAUCGCCAUUUAAAUUGGGUUAGAGAUAUUCCAAAGCUUUGCAAUGAUCAACUUCCCACAAUGAAUAAGUUAGAUAGCAAUACGAGAAUGAUCUUGGGUUAG